AUGCUGCAGGUUGCAGCAGCAGCCCUCAAAGGGCUCCGCGGACUCUGUCUUUUGGAGCUUGUCUACAGCCUCGAAGCCCAAGUGCUCCGGAGCUCCAAAUACUUCAAAGACGAGGCAGCUAUGUGGCGGGGCAGCAUGGGAAUGGUGCUAAUUAAUGGCUGCACUUUGGCCUUCAUAAUGAAGACCCACAAAUACGGUAAAGGCCAUACGCAUGCAGCAGCAGCAGCAGCAGCAAAAGCAGCAACAGCAGCAGAAGCAGCAGUAGCACCAAAGCAGCACCAGCAGCAAUUGCUUGAGCUCUCUGUUGUCUCACUGCUCCCUUUUUUGCUGCUGCGGCUGAAGGGCGCCGUGGACGAGGGCUUUGAUGAUUGA